AGAGAGAGAGAGAGAGAGCGCUCUGACCUGAUAAGAGAUGGGCAAACAGGAAACCAUUCUCACGCGGAGAGUUGCGAGUUGCAGUUUUCGAGCCUGCUUUCUGCAACUUGAGCGAUCAUUGAUUUGUGUGACAAGAAGUUUUGUUGUUCAAAUUCUUCCGCAUGGGAUCCAAUUUAUCUACAGUGCAUUCGUGAGUGUCGUAGGUCGGUGUAGGCCAACUGUUCCAUUUUUGUAGCCACUGGCCCGAGCGCAGAGUGCUGCCGCCGAGCCUUCCGGAGUUCUUUCAACUCCUUGGGGCGGAUUGAGAAGCACCUCGAUGAUGGGCCCUGAUGGCACAGCGAAGGCGGGGACGCCGUGGCAGCCAACUUCUCCUCGGCCUGGUCGGCAUCUUGGGCGCGAUGCGGCUGAUGGCUGAGAGGAUGGAGGUCGGCUUCGCGGGUUGGAGGAUGGAUCGGAUGGGUCCUCAUCCGCCACAGAGGGUGACAAGGACGGGCAGUUGGCGGGUGCCACACGCUUUAGCGGCAAAGAUUGUUGAAGUGAGCCCGGAAGACCGCGACGUCGCCUUCAUGGAGCGUUUGCGCUGCCUGGCGCAAGAGGCGCUCAGCUGGGCUUGGCUCACUCCGCGCCAACGGCUGGUGUGGGCCGCGGCCAUCGAGCUGGAUGCGGUGCCUUUGCAGGAGCUUCCACCGUGGUUUUGGGAGCGACAAAACAUGACUCUCAGGCAUCCAGGCGUCGACCUGCUGAGCCUGGACGGCCGCCGCGCCGUGCGGUGCAUCGAUGACAUCGACAUCGUUGAGGACGCGGAGCGCUUCGUCC